AUGAUACUCACUCGAUCCUUCCAUCUGCUAGCCACUGCAUGCUGGUUUACUACCCAGAUACUUGGAGAUCUUACUUGCAAGACAACGCCUCUCGACAGCAAUUGGCCAUCCGACGCCGACUGGACCGCUCUUAAUGUUUCGAUCAAUGGUACCUUGAUCAGGUCAGCUCCCGUAGCAUCUUCUUGUUAUGAUGGAAAUCCUUUCAACUCGACCGAAACAUGCGAAUAUGUUGAAGCAAAUUGGAAGCUUGCUACUUUCCAUGCUGCAACUCCAGAAUCGGUUAACGCCGUGCUUUUCGCGAACAACUCUUGUUUACCUCCUACCGAAUCGGACUUUACAGUGCAAAAAGGUUGCUCGAUAGGAGGAGCACCACAGUAUGUUGUUAAUGCGACAACUGAAGCACAAAUCGCAGUGGCGGCAGCUUGGGCAUCAGAACGAAACAUAAGACUUGUUAUCAAAGGAACUGGACACGAUCUGAAUGGCCGAUCCAGCGGAGCUUACUCUUUGUCCAUCUGGACACAUAACUUCAGGAACAUUCAGUUCAACGCCUCAUGGCCACUGCCGGGUUGUAAUAAGACCGAAGAUGUCGUAAUUGCUGGAAGUGGGAACAUCUGGCACGAUGUCUUACUCGCAGGAGCAAAAUUCGGAAAAGUCGUCGUAUCCGGUGGCGCAUAUGAUGUUGGGCUUGGUGGUUUUAUUCAAGGCGGUGGCCAUGGACCACUUUCGAGUACUUACGGUCUUGCCGCUGAUCAACUUCUUCAAGCUCGGGUCAUAACAACGAACGGUACAAUUCUCGUCGCCAACUCAGCGCAAAACCAAGAUCUGUUGUGGGCCCUCCGCGGCGGCGGCGGUGGUCAAUAUGGGAUCGUCAUAGAGUAUAUACUUAAGGCCUAUCCUACCCCAAGUUCCGUCGUAACCGGAGGUCUGUCACUCUCGGCUGUUGGUCGGGACAAUUCCAGUAUUGCUGCUCUCUGGAAUGCGUUUGGUCUAUUAAUGCAAAGUUUACCAGAUCUUAUGGAUGCUGGGCUCGCAGGCGCCAUGACAGCAACUACACCUGGUUCAAUAUCUGCUAGUGACGUUGCCUUGUCGUCUAGAGGGCUGUCUGCAGAAAUUAGCUUUUUUGGCUACAACAUCACAGCCUGUGAAAUGACCGCCAUUGUUCAACCGGUCAUCACUAAGCUAAGGGCUCAGGGGAGCCAUUCAAGUUUUGCUAUAACGUGGGACAAGCCAAGCACUUUUUCGACCUUCUCGGAUUUCUUCGACUCAACCAACGGAUCACCGAGUUCUGCUGGGGGAGGGUCGAUGAUGUCGAGCAGAUUACUUGGCCGUGGUGAACUCUCCGACUCCACGCAGGCACAGGUUGUAUCAUACUUGCAGCGAGUAAUGACUCCCCAGAAUGAAUCGAGUGGGGGCUUCAUGGUAGUUGGUCUACAAGGUGGGCCGGGGCCAGCAAAUGUCCCCAAGGAUAUGCGUGGUGCCUUAAAUCCUGUCUGGAGAUCUGCAUAUCUUCACACCAUAGUCCUAGGUGCUUCGAUCGACUCAUCUUCGGACCCCCAAACAGCUUUGUCGUCAGCGGCAGAAUGGGUAAAUUCUUACACCGAGCCAAUAUGGCAACAAUGGGCGCCAGCUUCGGGUGCUUACAUGAAUGAGGGAAACCCUUUCAAUCCCAAUUUCAAACACGACUUCUAUGGUACCAGUUAUGAUCGUCUCCUUGAGAUCAAGCAAAAGUAUGAUCCAACAGACAGUCUUUUUGUCUUGACAGGCGUUGGUAGCGAUCGGUGGGAUUACAAUCUUAACACUGGGAAACUCUGCCAGACUUCGGAGAAGUAG